AGGGCAGUCCCAGACCUCAUCCAGCACAGGUUGCCCUGGAUCCCCACAUGCACCACCGACACCUGCCAGCUGUUCCCAGUGCAGCAGUCAGAAGAGGCAGAAGUGGAUGUGAGAGACAGACACACACAGAGACACAGAGAGCGAAAGAGGGCAAGAGACUUGACUUUAAGAGACUCCUGCACUGACAACUCCAUGCAGUUCGGAACAAGAACGGCAGCGACCGACUCUGGUUUCAUGGGGACAUGGCAGAACACUGACACUAACCUCUUAUUCAGAAUGUCCCAACAGGCUAUCCGCUGUACACUGGUAAAUUGCACAUGUGAAUGUUUUCAGCCAGGGAAGAUAAACCUGAGAACCUGUGAUCAGUGUAAACAUGGCUGGGUGGCACAUGCCUUGGACAAGCUUAGCACUCAGCACCUCUACCACCCAACCCAAGUGGAGAUUGUGCAGUCCAAUGUUGUGUUUGACAUCAGCAGCCUGAUGCUCUACGGUACUCAGGCUGUGCCUGUGAGACUGAAGAUACUACUUGACCGACUCUUCAGUGUACUGAAGCAAGAGGAGGUGUUGCAUAUUCUACAUGGCUUAGGCUGGACACUGCGAGACUAUGUUCGAGGCUACAUCCUUCAGAUGUAG